CGUCACUUCCUCCGGGGGCGGUGCCCUGAGCACAUCCGGGUCGCGCGCCCGGGUUUUUGGUGACCGGGGCCGCGGAAGAGGCGGCGGGGACCAACGAAGGGACGGGCUCUGCGCCUCUUCGGCUCCCAGCGCUCGGCGGUGGAGGGCGUUUUCCCCGAAGGACAUCCAUGAAACCCUGAUAUUUGUGGGCAGUUUUACAGCUGGAUGAUAAGAAAAAUUGAACUCUUCUUCUUACGUCAUGGCAUAUCAAUUAUAUAGAAAUACUACUCUGGGAAAUAGCCUUCAGGAAAGCCUCGAUGAGCUCAUACAGUCUCAACAGAUCACCCCCCAGCUUGCCCUUCAAGUCCUACUUCAGUUUGACAAGGCUAUAAAUUCAGCAUUGGCUCAGCGAGUCAGGAACAGAGUCAAUUUCAGGGGCUCUCUAAAUACGUACAGAUUCUGCGAUAAUGUAUGGACUUUUGUAUUGAAUGAUGUUGAAUUCAGAGAGGUGACAGAGCUUAUUAAAGUGGAUAAAGUGAAAAUUGUCGCCUGUGAUGGUAAAAGGGACAGAAUCUAAAGUGUGCCUCAUAAUUUUAUUGCAAAGACUCCUUGUAAGUAUAUGAUUGAAUAGCAAAAGGAAGAAAGAAAUUAAAUUCACUGUCUUCAAAGAACAAAAAACAGAUUACUUCCUGAGGUCUUUCAGACCUUAGAAGCAUUCCAAGAAGGAACAUUUAUAUUCUUUUACUGUAGCAUUCCUAGGAACAGGUAGCUUUCCUUUAAUUUCUGGUUUUAAUGUCCUUGACAGAUGACAGCUAUUAUAAGUUACAAUUUACUUUGGUAAUAAUAUUUUUGUCCUUGUAAUACUUUGAUGAUGCACAUAGGCACCUCAAUAGAAUGCAGGCUUUUGGGGAGUAACGAAUGUUUCAUUUUGUUUUUGUAGCUUCAGUGCCUUGCAUAAUGCUUGGCAUAGAAUAAACAGUUAUAGUUAAUAGUUCAGAGAAUCUCUAAAUGUGUAGAGGGGGUUUUUAAAAAUAGAUUCUUGUAUCAGAUUUAGGCUUAUAACUCUUAACUUCAUCAGUUUCUCUUGUUUUGCUAGCCGAAUAACUUCACUGUUAUAGGCUAUUACAACAAAAGUAAUUUCAAAUAUAGAUAUAAUUAGAAUAAGAUCUCAUUUUUUAAACGGUGACUUGUCCAGCAACUUCCACUAUUAUGAAAAAUCCAAGAAUCAGAAAAUAAGCCUGAAAAAAGGCAGCCAGGGCCUCUGUUCUCAAGAUUGUGUACUUUAUUAGUAGUAUGCCUUCUCUUCUCACCUAGCACCUGUUGAUGCUUAUAUUAGACACAUUCUCACAGAAAUAAGAUUAUGUUUUUCAAAUUAGAAACAGCAAUUUAGGUUGGGCUACUUAGAGGCACAUUGAGCAUAAUAUAUAAUAGCUAGUAACAAGGAAAAGAUACAAAUAUAAAUGGAAAGAAAAUAUUUUAGAAAACUAUUUGAAUCUAUUUCUUGUAAAAAAUAAAGAGCCUCAUAUACUUAUGUAGCCCUUGAGGACCUCACUGCUAACAUAUAAAAGUAUUAUGAAGUGAUAAUUCAUGAAGAUCCUAAGUAUUCAAGAAAAGAUGAAGUUUUGAUUAGCAUAGUAUUUAAGAAGGUAAGGAAGUAUAUGAUACAUUUUGGAAAGAAUUCUAUCCUAAUUAAUCAAAAACAGGUUAGUGUUUUUAAUUCUCUUAUAUAAAACACUUCUUUCUUUGACAGUGCAAGAAGUUAAAUGAAACAUUGCUGUCAAAUAGAUCUCAUUUUAAAAAAAACCAACUGGCUGAAAGAAAAAUAAUCAUCAUUUCUGCUCAGAAACUUUUCAUUACCCCUGAAAAAGGUCUCAGUUCUUUAGCUUGACAUUUUGCCUUAAUCUGAUUUCAGCAUAAUACUUCCCAGUUAUAUACCCUUUUAAAUUCUAACACUCUUUUUUACUUGCCAUGUUCUCACUCACUUUCCUGAUAUUAAUUCUGUUGUAUCCCUGCCUAUACAAAGAUUUCUCUUAUUUUUUCCAUAUCGAAGUGAUCUUUCCCUCCUGUCUCAGCAUUUUUUGUCUAUUCCUUGGGUAUGCACUAUUCUUCCAAUUUGUAUUAAAGUUCUUUGUGUUUUCCUCUAUUAGUCUAUAAACUCUUUCAUGACCAUAAUGAUUAGUCAUGCUUAAAUAUCCAGUGUCUUGCACAAAAUAAAUGGUUAGUAAAUGUUAAAUUGUUAGUCAACUAACUUUUUUAGAUAUAUGUAUGUAAAUAUACACACAUGUACAUGCACGCACACACAUACACACACUGCUUCUGCACUGUCAUAUCUUAACAGAAUCUAUCCCUUUUAUGGCCAAAAAA